UUUUUUUUUAAAUGUAAUGGUCAUAGAAAAACUGCAUUUAUCACAUCGGUGGUCAGAACAAUUGAUUGUGUUGUUUGUUAGUUUGUUUUUUGGUCGUUGGGUUUAGGUCACGUGCGGCUCCGUGAGCCAAUGGCAUCACUGGACAAGAAGCAGAAAGUGGGUUUUGACUUUGGCAACAAGGGAGUACGAGUACACUGCUUGACAGCACCGGGCGACCCAAAUAUAAUGUACGAGAAAAAGCGGACAAGAACGGCUGGAUGACGGACCCUGAGGUUUCUUUGUUACUGCACUGCGCAGCCUGGCGAGGUCUGCGGCAGUCCCAUGUGCGGGUGGAGCUGUCUGAAAGGUAUAACCGUCAGACAGACGCCGCUCUCCAACGUCACAUCGAGGAGGUGUGGACAGCGCGGGUGUCCAAGGAGCCAUGGCUUUUUGAUGGCGCCAAAUUCCGCCUGCACUCUUUCCACGUCGCACUGCCUACUGCUCAGCUCUCAUCCUGCACUCCAUCAUUCCAAAACCUGGACUGUAGACACAGUACAGCAAGUGCGCCACUGCUCACUCUGAGGCUGGGCCUCACCUCUUAUAAAGACUACCUGGGCACCAACUGGUCAUCCCGUGCAGUGGAGCUCCACAAACGUGGGGAGGCCGAGUUUGGCAGCAGCCAGGCGCUGCUGGCCCAGCCUUUAGGAGUGGGUGCCGUUGUGUGCACGGGCGAUGGACAGGUGGUGUUCAUCAGGAGGAGCCAGGAGGUGGCUGAGGCAGGUGGGAAGCUGGACCUUCCCGGUGGACACCCGGAACCAAAGGUGGCGUGCGAGCGUCUUGGUGAGGCCAAGGUUGACUUGAACCUGCUGGAAAAGAAUUCGGAGGCUGUCGUCGCCGAGCUUUUCUCGUCUAUUUGUGCUGAGAUUAGAGAUGAGCAGGUUAACAUUCCUUUGAGUUCUCUUGGAGAACCACUGCUGAUGGGCAUGAUCUUGAAUCACACGAGUGCCGGAAGACCAAGUGCUGAGUUCUACAUCAGUUGUUCGCUGUCAUCGGACAAAAUCAGAGAGUUAUACUGGAAGGGAGGAGCAGAGGCCAACGAGUCCACAGACAUCGUGUUCCUCAGCCGAGCGGAGACGUUGCGGCUGGACGGAAGCAGCCCUCUGUGGCAGGAGAUGUGUCCCUCCGCUAAGGGAGCUGUGCUGCUUUUCCAGACAGUGAAGCCUAAACAGUUGUGAUUUGAUAAAAUCUUAUUUAAGAGCAUUCAAGCUUUGAAUCCACAUUGUGCAAUUAAAAACCCAAUGAAUACUUCAGAAAAAUGACAGUUUUGUCCUGAAAUAUUUCAACGCUGAUCCAGUCUGACUGGCUGAUUAUGACUGGCGCUUUCCUUUCCAUAUCUGGUUCAUCAGUAGCCCUCAUAGCCACUGGCGUAGUACAAGGCUUGGUCAUGAUAAGGCACAGUCCACUGUGAAACGUAGGAUAACAUAAAAUCAGUUCUGAUUGCAUGCUUUUUAAAUCUGGUUGUUCUAAAUUAAUAUGUACUUACAUGCUGGCCCCAGCACUGCAUGUUAUUCCAGCCUUAAGGAAAAGGCAGAAAUGUAACUUUACAACAUGAACAGUACAUUAUGGACAAGUAUUUUAAGUUUUCCCCUUUGCAGCUACAAUGACUCCCAUCCACUCUUCUAAAAUGUCUUCAGUGAAGGAUUAUGACUGAUAUUAAGGCAGAGUUUAAACUUUAUGAUUCUGAAUUUGAACCAAUUUUAAGUGGUUUGCAAGUCUUCUCGGUAAGAAGUGUAUAAAUUGCUUUUACAGUGGCCCCUUUAAAAUGAAUGGCAUUAAAAUGAAUGGAAAUGCCAAUCAUUUCGAGCCCUACUUUUUGCUAAGUCGCGAGUAUGCACGGGUCCACUGUAUAAUAAUACUCGCAGGCAUAUCACUGGCGUCAGGCAGAAUCCUCGAUUCUCCAAAACCAUUACUUUUUAGGAAUACAAGAAAAUGGCAUGUGUGUUGAGUCACUAAUGUUGCAUUGUCAAAGAGAGCAAGGGGACAGACAAACAGUAUUGAUUUGGGGGAAAAAAAUAAAUAAACGUGUGAAAUUAACCAACUUUGGACAAGGUUUUGGCCCAAUGCCAGAGAUUGAUUCUUUAUCCUCUGCAAAGAAUGAUUAAAUUACUGCAUCUUACU